ACGGGACAAAAUUUUCUCAGCGAGAAAAUGAGAAAUGAGUUGCUUUGACACAAACCGGCCGUCCACUAGUCUUUGAAUAACAAUCUAACGCACCCAUUUGAUGAAUGCAUUGGUACUCAAAAUCCUUUGUUUUACAAUGUUAGUUCGGAACACAACCCAAUCACUGAAAAAAUUCCAUGAACUUGCAACUGAAUAGUUUGUUACCGUAAUUAGCAUGGAAAGACUUCGUAGGAGAGAACUUUAAAGAAUUAAAACUUAUAAUCUGGCUUAAUGUUGGUAAAUAAAGCAAGAAUACAAUUUUCAGCACUACAUGUGUAGAUAUAUAGAGAAUAAUACGUGGGCACGCAUAGAUAUGGAAUUUCUCUUCGGGUGUGUUACUUGAUAGCUAACGAGUGAGCGCAGCGAACGAGUGAGAUGUCGAGUUGAACACAAGAAGAGAAAUUCCAUAUCUACAAGCAACCAUGUAUUAUUUUGUUUAGCAUAGAAACACAAUAGCCCUUUACUGAGAAGAAAAACAUUUGCCUUUUUAGCAGGGGCGAUUGUACCAAACGGUCGACAAUGAAUUCCGUAUAAAACUAUCAGAGCAAUUUAAUCAAAAUUUAAUUUGCCUUUUCAGCUCUUUUAGCAAUGUUUAUGAGUUCAAUCCUGUCGUUUCAGUGAACAAUCUCGAAAACGGAAAGUGCCUUCAAGCUCCAAGCAAGAAAGGAAGCUACAUGCAGGGUGAAUUUCAAUAUGAUUUGGCCCGACAACCAACCCUCGUAAUAAUCUUAAUUUUUAUUAAUAAACACUACUAAGAUAAACUUUUAUCAAGUUUGGUUUGCUUCUAGCUUUUGCUAUAACUACGGAAUUGGAGUCGCAUACGGUUCAGAAGAAUGCGGAAGCAUUUACCUGUUGGUGAGAGAAUCAUAAAAGUGUACGAAGCCUUACCAAAAACACAUCAAAAUUCGCUGGAGAGACGCCAAAAUAAGUUUUAACCCUUUAACUCCCAGGAGUGAUCAAGACGGAAUUACUCCUUACAAUAUCAAUACAAUAUCAACCAGAUAAGUGAUAAAAACAAAGAAAAAUAUCAAUUUGGGGAUAAUGAGUCGAUCCAAUACUAAAUUAUUUGAACUAACAUUGUAAGAAUUGUAUGGUUGACGGUAAGGAGAAUUACAAAUUUAGUUUGGGAGUUAAAGGAUUAAGAAGUUUUCUCUGUCUCCAUCUAAAUCAAGCUCCUGCUGUUUAACCCUUUAACUCCUAUGAGUGACCAAGACAGAAUCUCUUCUUACAAUAUCAACUCAAAAUCAAGCAGACAAGUAAGAAGAAUAUAGAAGAAAACUGAAUUAGGGGCCUACAAGGUGAUCCAAUACCAAAUUCUCCGAUUUGAAAUAAUUAGUAUUUUAUGGCAGACAGUAGGGAGAAUUACUUAGAGAUCUUGGGAGUUAAGGGGGUUAACAAUCACAGGUAGACAGGAUUCUUUAUGAAGAAAGACACUUCUCAGAAUUUCAUUGCUGACGCGUCACGCUACGAAGGCCCAACAGGCAGUCACAGAGAUGGCUGCCCUGCAGUCAAAAUUUUUCUAAGAAUCUCAUCUUACAAUUUCAAGUGAUCUUAAAAAUUACGCUUGUCUUUUGACGGACGAAAUAUCCAAACUUGCGUAUACUAUAAAAUAGAUAUGAUGUCCCCUUUGAAUUAUGGUCACAGUACGGUUGUUAGAAAUUAAAUAUUGACCAAACUUCCGCAGAAAACCUCAUUCAAACCUCUUGAAGUAUUCGAUUCUUUGUUUGUGCCGACAUUCCAAGCGAUUCAAGGAUCUCGGCUCUUAAUUCAGUUGGUUCAAGAUUCUACGGUUUCAAGGAUCUGUUAAGACAUAGCGAUCUCACUGUUCCCUGAAGUACCGUUGUUUCGUAAAGUCGAACAUCGACACGAUUCCUCAGUUGAACCGACUAGAUUUCUUAACAAACAUCUGAUACUCUUAAGAUGUUUACAAGGCAUUCCCGGAAACCCAAGAAAAUGCACCGUCAUGGUCGUAGAUUUUUAUUAGAACAGCCGCAUCGAUGAUGCAAUUCAAUAAAAAUGCUAACUCGACAUAUUUUUCACGCAGUUGUCUUUACUCAAAGAGGCUGUCAUGGAUUUACGUUUGCGCCAAGUUUUCUUCGGCAGUUUUUGUAUGGUAACAUUGCUUCAAGUGGCUGGUAGUAUAAGCUUCACAGGGGACAUACCAGACCGUACAAUAAAGGCCAAACUAGAUGACGAUGUCGCUCUGGGCUGGAGCUUCUCAUACAACGAUUUGGAAGGCAAUCCAGGUGGCCCAUUUGGUGCUCCAGACGUGUACGAAAUCAGCUUUGGUAUUUAUAAAUCUAUACACGGCGAAACUUUCUUGAGCGAGAAACUUGUUGUUGUCGAUAGUAGUGGAAAGUUUAGGGUGCAAGAUGGAUUUGAUAGAAAAAUGGAUUGGAGCCACUCAAAAUACAAAUUAACAUUCAUUCUGAAAAACAUUGCUAUCCAAGAUCAGGCAAUGUACGGAGUGAAUGUUGACCUUGGCUUGAGUCGGCUGCCGCUCAAGGAUUCUGUGAUUGUUAUCAUACCAGGACUCUCUUACGUGGUUCAAAAUGGCAGCUCGAUUGUCCGUAAAGAGUCAGCCUACAUGAUGGAACCUUUUGAACUAUCGUUUACAAGAUCAGACCACGACCGAACUGCUGACCGUUUUAAGUACACACUCAAAAAAGAUAACACAACCAUUUUCAUUAUUGGAAAGAACAGAGAAGAUAACAAAUUCAGUUGCUCUCAUUAUGUUUCUCAAAAACCUACACCCUGUUCUGAUGAUUCCUUCUCAGUGAACGAAACUUACGUUUCUUUCCAACAAAGAAAUGUUACUCUUCAAGAUGCUGGUCGAUACCUCUGUAUAAAGUAUUCAUCUGGGCUCUACGAUACAACAUUCGAGGAAAUCGAUCUUAAUGUACUAGGUAACGUAUGCAAGUAUGUUUUAAUG